AUUUUUUCAUGUAUUCAGUAUAUUUUAAUAACUCGCGCGUGAUAGUAUUUGGUACGUUUAUUCCAUUGUCGCGGCUGUCAACAAAACAAACACGGUUCGGGUGGUGGAACAAGUGGGUGGUGGAAUAUUGUCGUGCUGCGUCGUCCGGUAGCGGCCACCUCUGAUAGACAACAUAACAUUGGCGCGCGUCCCCGUUGCAGUUACGUUUGUUUUGUUACGCCGUUAUCAAACGGUUUUACGAUUCGGCUGAUAGUCGUCGGUUCUUCGGCCGUUGCGCAACCAGUGAAGAUUCCGUUCAGCUCAAUAGUACGUAUCGUCUGAUGUUUAGCUGUGGUGUCCAGAAAACCUGAUCAUUUAAACCGUCCGGUGUAAACAGCUAGUAGUUCGUUGGAGUUCCGAUUGUUGGGCGUGGGCAUGCGAUCAACUCGCGUCCGGCGAGCAGUGUUUGCUGAUUAGAACAAGCAGGCAAAGCAACUCGACUGCAGGAGGCCAGUCGUUACGGUAAUGCCUGUGGUGGUUCGGUUCUUGUUGUUUGUCAGUGGUCUUACAGGGUCCAGUGUUCAAGACGGUCAUUUGACUAUUAACGUGAGCUGUAUCCAUGGCCACAAUGAUGCACUGUGAAUGUUACAAAAUGCUGUAGUGUAGAUCGCUGCUACAUCUCAACAGUCAUGACGCCAAUAUUAUUACCAUGGACAACACUUGCACAUAUUGUCAGGACGUUAUAGACAGUUUGACUGUAGUGUGUUUGGAAUGUUCAUACUUUCAACUAUGUUUGGGUUGUUUUAGUCAUGGAGCUGAAAUAGGUGAUCAUAAAAACAGUCAUGGAUACAAGUUAAAAGGUCAAAAAUCUCCUGGACAGUAUUUAGUUUCCAAUGAUGGAUGGACCGGUGAUGAUCUUAUGCAUAUUUUAGACUUUGUUGAACAGUAUUCUUUUGGAUGUUGGGACGAAUUACCAAAGAGUAUAAUAAAUAGAACUCCAGCUGAAAUCAAACUACAGUUCGCAAAGUAUUUUUUGGAUGGUAUAAUUGGAAAACUGACUUGGGGUACAAUAAAGAAACCACGAUUAGAAGAUCGAACGGUCCAUUUUAAAUUAAAUGAAAGCAUUACUCAUUUAUCUGGAUUAUCUAAAGCUCAGUACGCCGAAAUUGGGUUCAAUCCUAUUAGAGAUGAAUUUGAGUUGGAAAAUGAUUUUGAUAAUAACGCUGAAGCAGUUUUAAGCAUUAUAUCAGAGUGGAAUGAUUUUGGCGAUGAUUAUAAUCUUGCGUGUGUUGAUAUGUACUGUACACGGUUAUAUGAAAGAACACUUGCCAAAGAAAUUGUUCAUGAUUAUCAAUUAAUGGAUAAAUAUUUUUUCUCAAAAGAUAAACCUAAACGUAGACUAACACAAGAAGAAAAAAGUAUACUAGGCAUUGAAAACCAGUUAAAAAAGUUUACUCGAUAUUUAACUGAGGUUGAGCUGUGGUCAUUGAAUAUACGACUAAAGCAAGAAUACUUACUUAAAAAACGUCGUGAAGAACUGCUUUAUUAUAGAAAAAAUGGAAUUACAAAAUUGUAUGAUAUAGUAAAAUUUAAUUUAUUGCAUUAUAGCAUGGUUGUUGAUGAACAAUCUGAACAAUCAUCUUCAGAUGUUUUGACACCAGCACCUGUGAUUAAACGUGGUGAAAAAAGAAGGAAAAAACGUAAACGGCCAAAACUUUUCCAUAAGAAAAAUCAUGUUUAUCAUCGUACCCCUCAAUAUAUUGCUGCUCUCAAUAGAGUAUUAAGUCAAAAUAAUGACACGGAAGAUAAUUCUGAUUAAUAUUAAGGUUCUAAGUUACUAAUCAUUAUAAAAUGGAUAAUAUAUGUAAAGAAAAAGUUA